UUUUAUUUAAAAUGGCUUAUUCCCAUCUUGAAACCCUAAUUUGAAUAAAAAGCGAAACCAACCGUCAAAAUUCAAAAUUUCAAAAUCCCGCUCCUCACUCACUCUUCUUCUCCAUUUUCACUUUCCCAAUUCCAAUGGGUGCUAAUCACAGCCGUGAAGAUCUAGAACUUUCCGACUCCGACUCCGAAUCCGAAUCCGAAUACGGGUCGGAUUCUAAAACCCGACAAGAUGAAGAAGAAGACGAAGAUAACUACUCUGACGCCAGAACGACGCCGUCUUCUAUCGAUCGUAAGCACCCGGAAACUCCGUCUUCUUUAGACGACGUUGAAGCUAAGCUCAAAGCCCUUAAGCUCAAGUAUAGUAAUACUACUACCAACAACAACAACAACAACAACCCCACACCGAAAAACGCCGUUAAAUUGUACGUUCAUGUUGGUGGGAAUUCGCAGAAUUCCAAAUGGGUUGUAGCCGACAAGUUAACGGUCUAUUCAUUUGUUAAAUCGGGUAAUGCUAAUGACUCCGAUGAUGAUGAGAAUGAGGGAAAUGAAGAAAAUCAGGGGAAUGGGGAGAGUGCUUGGUGGGUUUUGAAAAUUGGGUCGAGGGUUCGGGUUAAGAUUGAUGAGAAUAUGCAGAUGAAGGCGUUUAAGGAGCAGAAGAGAGUUGAUUUUGUGGCGAAUGGGGUUUGGGCAUUGAAGUUUUUCGGGGAGGAAGAGUAUAAGAGGUUUAUUGAUACGUAUCAGAACUGUUUGUUUGAGAAUACGUAUGGGUUUGAAGCGAAUGAUGAGAAUAGAGUUAAGGUUUACGGGAAGGAUUUCAUGGGGUGGGCGAAACCUGAAGCUGCAGACGAUUCAAUGUGGGAGGAUGCUGGGGAUAGUUUUGGGAAGAGUCCUGAAAAGGAGACGCCUUUGAGGGUUAAUCAUGAUCUGAGGGAGGAGUUUGAAGAGGCAGCUAAGGGCGGAGCUAUUCAGAGCUUGGCGUUAGGCGCAUUGGAUAAUAGUUUUCUUAUAAGUGAUUCGGGGAUUCAGGUUGUGAGGAAUUAUACUCAUGGGAUAAGUGGGAAAGGCGUUUGUGUCAAUUUUGAUAAGGAAAGGUCGAGUGUAGCUAAUUCCACUCCGAGGAAAGCAUUACUUUUAAGAGCUGAGACUAAUAUGCUUCUUAUGAGUCCGGUGACUGAUCUGAAGCCUCAUUCUCGGGGAUUACAUCAGUUUGAUAUUGAGACGGGGAAGGUUGUUAGUGAGUGGAAGUUUGAGAAAGAUGGAACUGAUAUAACAAUGAGGGAUAUCACGAAUGAUAGCAAGGGAGCUCAGAUGGAUCCCUCGGGGUCAACUUUCUUGGGGUUAGAUGAUAACAGGUUGUGUAGGUGGGAUAUGCGUGAUCGAAAUGGGAUGGUUCAGAAUCUAGUUGAUGAAAGUACUCCUGUGCUGAAUUGGACUCAAGGACAUCAAUUUUCGAGGGGAACUAACUUUCAGUGCUUUGCUACUACUGGUGAUGGAUCGAUAGUUGUUGGUUCACUUGAUGGAAAGAUUAGGUUGUACUCUAGCAGUUCCAUGAGACAGGCUAAAACUGCUUUUCCAGGGCUUGGUUCUCCUAUCACUCAUGUCGAUGUUACCUAUGAUGGGAAGUGGAUAUUAGGGACAACUGAUACUUAUUUGAUAUUGAUAUGCACCUUGUUUAUUGACAAGAAUGGAAGUACCAAAACUGGUUUUGCUGGUCGCAUGGGGAAUAGGAUUUCGGCUCCAAGAUUGUUAAAGCUAAACCCUCUUGAUUCACAUAUGGCUGGAGCUAACAAGUUCCGCAGUGCUCAAUUUUCAUGGGUCACUGAGAAUGGGAAGCAAGAGCGCCACCUUGUUGCUACUGUUGGGAAGUUUAGUGUGAUAUGGAAUUUUCAACAGGUGAAGGAUGGUUCUCAUGGGUGUUACCAGAAUCAGGUGGGGUUGAAGAGCUGCUAUUGUUACAAGAUAGUUCCAAGAGACGACUCUAUUGUUGAAAGCCGCUUCAUGCAUGACAAGUAUGCUGUUUCUGACUCUCCUGAAGCACCACUGGUGGUAGCAACCCCCAUGAAAGUAAGCUCGUUCAGCAUUUCCAGCAGGAGAUUACAAAUUUGAACAAUCAUUUGUUCAUCUAUGCGACUUAUUUGGUAUAUCUUUAGCAGGAUUAGUGUCUCUCACACUAAUAAGUAGCUCGAAAAAUUGCACAUCUGCAAACCAUUUCUAGUUCAGUCUAUCCUCCCAGACUUUACUGUUGUUGUAUUAACUAAUACUGCUCGUUUUAGAUCCCCGUUCAAUGAUUCCAGUUGAUUUGCAUUUUCCAA